UCCCGACCCCGUCUUGGUGGCUAGGGAUCCUAUCCUCCUACGCCGUUCACAGGAUGAUGCAGCCACAACCGAUGAAUCAGCAACAUAUGCAGAAUCAGGGGAUGACCGUGCCGCAACAGCAAUGGGCGAUGAUGCAGCCGCAGUACCAACAGGCACAACCUCCGACUUUGUGGAACCAGCAGACGUCGCAGAUCCUGCCGCCGGCGCAGGUGCCUGCGCCACAGCAGCAUCAGCUCCCUCCGCAGCACAUGUCGCAUUACGCGCCACAGACCGGCGGGAUGACUCCUGGACAGAUGCAGCAGCCUCAGCCGUCCCAGGGGUCUUCUGAUGAGAUUCGAACACUCUGGGUGGGGGAUUUGCAGUAUUGGAUGGAUGAGAAUUAUAUCUAUGGUUGUUUUGCUCAGACCGGAGAGGUUUUAUCAGUGAAGAUAAUUCGCAAUAGGCACACCCAACAGUCAGAAGGUUAUGGUUUUAUAGAGUUUGCAUCUCGUUCAAUGGCACAACAAGUUCUUCAGACAUAUAAUGGUCAAAUGAUGCCUAAUAGUGAGCAGGCCUUCAGACUAAAUUGGGCAUCAUUGGGGGCAGGUGAGAGACGAGGGGAUGAUGCUUCCGAGUAUACCAUAUUUGUUGGUGAUUUAGCUGCAGAUGUGACGGAUUAUCUCUUGCUAGAGACAUUCAAACCUCGCUAUUCCUCUGUUAGGGGGGCAAAAGUUGUUACAGAUAGAGCAACUGGACGUUCAAAAGGCUAUGGUUUUGUUAAGUUUGGAGAUUUGAAUGAGCAGUCGCGUGCUAUGAAUGAAAUGAAUGGGGUUUUUUGUUCUUCAAGGCCUAUGAGGAUUGGGCCUGCAUCUAGCAAGAACAAUGCAGGCAUUCAGCAACAAAAUCCUACAAAAGCUUCUUACCAAACACAACAAGGAACUGACUCUGAGAAUGAUCCAAAUAAUACCACCAUAUUUGUUGGUGGUCUUGAUUCAAGUGUUUCUGAUGAUAUCUUACGACAAUUAUUUAGCCCAUAUGGGGAAUUGGUCCACGUGAAAAUCCCCGUCGGAAAACGCUGUGGAUUUGUUCAAUUUGCAAACAGAGGAAAUGCAGAGGAGGCUUUACAGAUGCUAAAUGGAACUCCUCUUGGAGGUCAGAAUAUCCGACUUUCAUGGGGCCGAACUCCUUCAAACAAGCAGUCACCACAGGACCAGAACCAAUGGAAUGGUAAUUAUUAUGGAUAUUCUCAGGGCUAUAAUGCAUAUGGAUAUGCCCCACCUCAACAAGACCCGAACAUGUAUGCAUAUGCAUCAUACCAGGGGUAUGGAAAUUAUCAACAGCAGGCAAAUCAACAGCAAUAGUGAUAUUCUGCUUGCCAUUGGGACUCGAAUUAUUAUUCCAAGGAAGAUGUAGCGUGGGGAGGAUAUUGGACCGUCAGUGAUUAACUUUGGCGAGGGGCUGCUUUUAAGACUUAAUAUAUUUUGCAUCGUUUAGUUCUGUUUUGUUUCUUUGUUUAAAAAAUGAUUCAUGUUUAUGUUGUGUGCUAAUUUGCUAUGUUGCCAACAUGGUGUUUUAUUGCAUAUGACUUGUACUCUGAGUGAA